AUGUUUGCCGGACACCGACCUGGAAUGUACGGGACAGCCGAGCUGAUCGCCAGCCUCAACCGCCUCGGGACUAAAGGUGGGAUUCGAGAGCAUAUCCAAAACUACCAGCUUUUGGUCAUCAAUGAGUUAGCACGGGUCGACAAUGUUUACUCCUCACUCUCCGAUGGCAUCGUCAACCGCCCAGACCCACUCGUGAUAUUCAACCAAGUUGAAAUCAGGACGGAUCUCUUAGCUCAGCUCCAAUCAAAACGUUUCCCUAGCCUGAGACGCCAAGUCAUCGCCCUAUCGAAUGCACUCAUCAGUCGGACCGAUGCUCAGAACGAUCCAGUUUCGAAACUCAAACUAUGCCUCAAAAUAUUGCACAAGAUGGAUCCCAUCCUGAAUAAAAUCAAAUUUGCCAUAGCUUGCAUCAACCCAGGCAUAGACCCACGAGAAGUGACGCACGACCGGGACUUCAAAAGAGCGAAACAAUCGAUAGCCUUCCGUCUCGAUCUAAUCACGAACUUGGUGACCCAAAAUAUUUGCGCGUUGCUUCAUUCCUCUCGUCUUUCUAUGGAAUUAUCGGGACACGCGUUCGCCGUCGACGACGCUCAGAAGAGGGCCGAAUUACUCACGCUCACUGGUCGCUGCACAGGCAUUAUCGACAAGGCACUCGACUUCAUGAACCAAUCCGAACUGGACUCCAUCCAAGACGAGUGGCGAGCGCACAUAAAAUCGAUCGAUUCCACGCUCGAGAAGUUCCUCAAAUUCAUCAAACGACCCCAUCCACCACGACCAAGCGGUCAAACUCGCCCCCAAUUAUCGGUGAUCGUACUCAUCAGAUUAGCCAGAAUAUUCUUCGCAAAGCUACUACAGAUGUCGACCGAUAAACGACACUUCACAAUAUCCACACACCUGAAUUCCAGGGAGCUCGAUCUGUUUGCUGAAAUUAAUAAUCUGUUUUCUGAAAGGAUCGCGAAGCUCAUCAAGGCUAUUGCCCAGGAGGAUAAUUACGGAGAUCACUUCGAAGACUUCAUGACGAUCGAAGAUUUAAUCGUUCAUCUUCAAAAUCCCCCCAAAAAGAUCUUCUUUAUGGUCGACCACGUUUUUAUUCCUGUCGCCCGUCAGACUGAUCGACCUUCUCCCAAGAUGUACUACAAAGCUUGGUUUUAUCAGUUUAACAGCGCGUACCGAUUGGCCAAUCAAAACCUUCAAGAGGCUUUCAGGGUCAACAUGUAA